AUGCUCCGGCCUGUGCGGCCAUCAGAGCCUGGCGAGCCGAAAUGCACCUUCUCGGAAUGGCCGAGAACAACACCAAAGCCGAAUACGCCGCAACAGCAACAGCAGCACUUGCGGCACACACUCCAGAGCACGGGUACAAGAGGCACUGUGGUCGACAGACCCAAGCUCCUGGGAACCCGGCUCCAAUGCACACGCGCCCACACAGGGCCAGCAGCGGACGAGACGAAACGUCUCAACACUGCCAAGCAUCUUCUCAUCGAGGCGGCUUCACUACCUGUGCCCGAUGAGGAGAAGCUGGUCUUCGCAAAGGCCACAGGCAUGGCGGUUGCACGCAGCUGCGGUUGGUCCCGGCUCCCGAACCUCGAGGAGCUCCGCGGCCUCCAAGCGGCAAUCUGCCGAUGCACCGGAAGGAAGGGGCCUCUUUGCAGACUCUUGGAAGGUCACGCCUCGUGCACCGCCUUCAGUGUGGGUUACCAGCAGACCCUUUGCCUUCUCGCUACGCUCACGCCCGAGGUCCGUCGAUGCUGGCAGGACAUGAGGCAGAACCAGGGCCCCAUCCAACUGGCUCGCCGUUGGUUGGCACGACAAGGAUGGGACACUACUACGCCGUGGUUGUGGGUCCACAGCUCCACCAACCUUCAGCUAGAUGCCCGUGACGGGCCACAGCGCCCCACUGUGGGUUACCGCACUACACGUGCUCCAGGCAACAAAGCCGCCAUAGCCCACCGCUUACGCCAGGGGUGGCGCGCCCACCAAUGGCACAACUUCUGCCAGUCUGGCACCCGUGCAGCCGCCGCGCUUGGGCACAUGGCGUGGACAGAUGUGGCGGCCCGAGCUAAAGCAGCAGCUGCGCAAUGGCGCCAGCAGGCGCCCCUACUCCGACCACACGUGAUAGCCAUCACAGUCGACCACUGGGCCGCAGCCGUGCAGAAAGCCCGUGUCAGGCUACUGCACUACAACUUCUUCUUCUUCUUGGAGAGCGUCUUCGUGAAGCGGCCCCAGGAGCCCUUGAAGAUGAGCCGGGCCUCCCGGAGGAUCGAGCGCGGCGUGGGUUUCAAAUCGAUCGGCUGGUCAAGCUGUGGCAUUCGCUUCGCCGAGGCUUUGAGGCAGUUCUGCUCUCUGUACCGUGGGUGCCCCUGGAAGUCCGCAUCCUCCAAGGCCACAAGGGUCUCCCAGGGCGUCUUCCAGGGCUCGCCGCCGGGCCCAAGAUCAGAUCAGUUCCGGAGCUGCUCCGACCUGGUGCGGGCAAGUGUUCCGGAAAGGUUUGCGCAGCACACGGAGCAGGAUGAUGAGGUGCUGGAUUCACGCAGAGCCUCUUGCGAGAAGGAAGAGCCCAUUGGCGAGGCGAGCGAGGAGAUAGAGCCUCACGCCAUUCGGCACUCAGGUGCUCAGGCUUCACGGUCUUCCUGUCGACAGGUGAUCAGCUCGUGGCCAGCAAGGCCUUUUCCUUGGAGGCGGUCAACUGUGACGAAGCCAGCAGCCCCUUCUCCGUUUUCUGAUCGAGAGCGCGAACCCGUGGUGAAGGGCGAGGACGAUUCGUCUGCGACCGAUGUGACGGACACGGCCUUGGUUGACGUGGUGGGCGGCUUGCUCAAGCGUGCGGGGGAGGUGAAGAGCUCGACGUCAAAACAUCGGCCAAGGCUGAAGGACUCCGGCAGCGAGGUUUCCGGCGCCUCUUCCGCGCCCCGCGGCGCCUCCAUCGGAGUCACCCAGCGGCCGCGCAGCCCAAGCGGCCGGUGCCCUGAGCCUGUGGAGGUCACGAUGUGUCACUUGACGCCGAGUGCAAAGGCCGCAAGCAGCGCUUGCUUGCCAGCGAGCGAUGUUGCGGCGGAGAAGGUCGAAGGCUCCGAAGAAGCAGAGGCGAGCGAAGAUUUGGCCAAGGAGCUCUUGGCCGAGCUCAAGAGUUUCGAAGCGGAGGAGUCGCUCCCAUUAGAGGAGAGACUUGACUCCGCGAGCGAAGAGAAAGUCAGCGAAGACAAAGUCAUCGAUGACGAGGCCGCAAGGUUCAAGGUGCUGUGGCAAGCGCUGAAGAUCUCUGCCCUGUCCCAGGAGAAGCCAAGCGAGAGCGACCAGAGCGCGGAGCCAGGCGACCUGCCGGAAGACGACGUGCAUCCGGAAGUGCAAGCCUUGCGCUUGCGGGUCCAGGUGGCGCGGGCGGCCCAAGAGCCCCUGAAGCGACGGGCCAACGAGCUGCAGCGAUGCUUCCACCACCAGCGCGCGCUCCUGGAGGCUGCGCGGCAAGGCUCCGAGCGCGCCAAGCAGGUGGCGGACCGGGUGCGCCAGGCCCAAGUCCUGGCGGAGAUCCGGGUCUCCUACAGCCAGGCCUGGCAAAUGCACGCGCACGCCAUCGCAGAGAACCUGGACCUCAAGGAGAAGCUCCGAGCCUCGAGGGAGCGCAGCGCGCGCUUGGCGGAGGAGAUCGCGGAGCUGCAGGAGAAGAGCGGCCUGUCGCCCAAAGGACCGGGGCUCGUGGACAUCGUGAGCCUCGCGGAGUCGGAGAUUUGCCACCUGGAGACAGGUCGGGGAGAGAAGCUUGACAUGCGAUCGCAGAUCUACGAGAAAGGGGCGCUGCCCAAAUCCUGGGACAACUUGUACCACUCGGUACAGGGCGAAGGGGAGGUCUCGGAGCAACCGGAGCCCGAGCCCCUCAAGUCCCCGCAGGUCUUGCCGGCGCCGGCGGAACUCGUGCCACAGCAGUGGCUUCCGCUCAGCGGCGAGGAGGAGGUCCCGGACUCUCAGCAGGAGCAAGAGGCGAUUCCCACACUCCGGGGGAGGAGUCAAGCUGCCAAGCAGAUGAGGGAAAGCCCCAGUGGCAGAUGCUGGAAGGUUUGCGCCUGA